CUUCGAAUGCCGGAGACUCACUUACGCUGUCAUCAAGGGGAUGUACCAUUCAGAAGGUGUGAGGCUCUGAAUUAUCCAUUGAGGAUGUUGCGCGGGGACAUGCUGAUUCGCUUCGGCUGCUAUCUGGGGCUGUGUGCUGAGGCCUUCAUACCAACACGAGUGCCGAUCCAUCGCCUGUCCAGCCUGGGCGCCUCGUCCAGCGCUGACCCAUCCAGCAAGACAUCCCGGAGAUCUGUGCUGAAUCGGGUGCUGCUGCUCUCCCCAUUCAUCGGUGCUUCCCUGCCCAGGUCGCCGUCCGCCAUUGCAGAGGAGCCGCCGAAGCUGGACGUGCGGACUGUGGCCGAGACCGUUAGGCGCGACUUCCUCCAAGGCCAAUACUACGUGACCGGCGACCUCACGCCAUCCAUCUAUGCCAAAGACUGCAUCUUCAUCGACCCUACGGUGACGGUACAAGGGGUGGACACGUACGUGAGGGCUGUGAGGAACCUUUUCGAUCCCGCAACGUCACAAGCUGACUUGUUGGGGCUGGAGGUGCUGGAUGACUCGCAUAUCCGCGUGGAGUGGCGGCUGGGUGGGUCGCUGAAGCUGCCGUGGAAGCCGGUGGUGAAGCCUUAUACGGGCAGGACGCUGUACACGCUGAAUGACAGGGGGUUGAUAGUAAGGCACGAGGAGGAAUGGGACAUAUCGGCUGCUCAGGCGUUUCUCUCGACCUUCAUACCGGCGUUCUAACUAUAUAUGGCUGUAGGUAGGCUGCUGCUCUGAC